GGUGUGUGAAGUUUUUUAUAGCAUUGUGAUGAUUCUUUUUUUCACUACUUUGUAAACAUAUUUUUAUAUGCACUGUAGUUGAACCUUGCAUACUUGAACCAUAAUGCUAAGUCACACUCAAAUUUGAUUUAUUCGAAUCAAUUUAAUUUGAUCUGAAAAAUCAAUUGUAAGAAACUCAAUAAGGAAUGUUCAGGACCACGUUGCAAAUGGCUUGUCGCGGUGUCUGAUGAGAAAAGAAGAAGGUUAACUAUCAGAGAUGGAACAUUUCUUGAAAAUUUUUGUCAUGAAAUUUCUUAAAAUAUUUUGAAACUUGCCAAAGAACUUUGCCUGAGAUCAAACUUUCAUGCAGAGAACAGCUUAAUUGAUUUUUCAUAUCCUGAAGAAAAAGUGUACUAAAUUUGGUUAUGAUCUGAUAGCACAAUGAGAUAUGCCAACAAAAAAUCUGCGCUGCAGAGAAGUCACAUUGAUGCAUUUGGAGAUGGCGCAUGGUGCAAUAUACCAGUUAAAAGCAGAGACAAAACGUGGAGCAGUGCAUUGCAGUUCCUGGGAUUUCCCCACUGCUUCCCUCCACCAGCUUUCCCUGCACCAGGUACAGGUUUAAUGGCUUAUACCUCUCUUCUCAGAGGUCUACAGCCAACUAUAGACAGAGAUUUAAUGUCCUUAAUCAACAGCGCAAUAGGGACAUCCAUGCUCCGGCUUUCAAAUUUUCAGGGAUUAAGGCCGAGUCGAAUCUGUUUCUGCAGAUCCACACGUCAGUUCCUUGACAAUUUGUGGCCACCACCGGGAUUUGAACCCGGGACCUAUUGGUCUAGAGUCAGACGCGCUGACCGCUAGGCCAACCUGGCUGGCAAUGAUCAAAGAGGCGAUGAUAAUGUUUAGGACAAUAAUAUUGAGAUGUUUCAAGCCCUUUUAGUAAUUAUUUUUAGAGUUUCUAUUUACAAAGAAAAAACAACUCAUAUUAACAUCACUCAUGACACCAAUAAGUAAGUAAGUUAUACUUUCAGAUCUGCAAAAUGCAGAAAUGUAUCAUUCAAAAACAAUUUGUCAUAACACAUUAGGUAGUUAAGUCCGAGAGAACUCACUGUUCUGAAAAAUUUAGUGUUGAACAAAUCAAAAUUUUUAUACAAAUACUUUGUGUAUACAUUGAAUGCUGAACAUAAGAUAGUAUUAAGAGGUCAUUUCCAAAUUCAGCGCCUCAAAAUAAAUGAGGAUCACCUUAUCUCGUCUCGCAGAUGUUUGUGUCAUUUUUUUUGUUCCACUGUGAUAUUCUAUAGUAAUGCAAUGAACUUUGUGAAAGAAAUGAAAUUGCUGUCAUGGGUUUAAUUUUGGUCACGCAGAGAUGAUGUGGUGUGAAACUGAACGACUUAAAUGUACUUUUCCAUAUCUGUCCUAUGAGGCAAAGCUUUGACUUCAGUUUCUUCGAGCUUAGAACGAAAUGAUCUUAAUGGAUCUAGUAACAACCUAAUUACAAGACAGUGAAGGGCGUCAACGACCCCACACGGAUCACGCGUCGUGUGACGCGCUCCGUCGCGUUUCACUUAAAUUGCUCUUGUGGGUUUGUUUUUCAUCACACAAAUUUGGUUUUGGCAUUCAAUUAAACCUAAAUCAAGCCAACGUCUACUUUAAAUAACGGAACACUCAUAUUUAUUCGCCCGAUAGGCAUUAUCUACCUACAAAUUAUUAUCACGUUGACGGUAUAUUUAUUUUAAGAGCUGAUUCUCCAUGAAUUUAUCUGCUUAUAAAAAAAUUGACUAAAAUCGAUCGCACAGCAACUAGAAUACGGCGCAUUGAAGGGUCGCGUCGGUCGUUUAGGAUGCCAAAAUUCAAAAAAUUUUAAUUUUUCCCAGUUGAGAGAAAAAAUUUAAGUCCAACAAGAAUAUUGAUCAGACAUAAAAUUGUCCUCCUAGAAAUCACCAUCCAUUAAAAAAAAGUUGAUUAAAAUCGGACCAAUAGCAAAUAGACCUGUGCGAUUAAUCGAACAGUAAUCGUAAUCGCGAUUAAUUUUUUUCAUCGUAAUCGUAAUCGGUUUGAGAAAUUAAUCGUGAUUGAUUCGGUUAAUUUGACUUCACGAAAUGUCCAGUUUUGCGCCGCAUUUUGAAUUUGAAAUUCCCGCCGCGAUUGUUCGAAUUUGCGUCAUAUUUACGAUGGCGCACUACUAGGGAAAAACUCGCACUGAAAAUGGUGAUAACCCCGCGAAAAUAUCCCCAUCGGGCUUGUGCCGCGAUUUCAAGUCGAUGAUAAAGGUUCUUCGAAUACUUUUCAUAGGAGAGGUUGGAAGUGCAUUAAAUAAAAAAAAAGAUUAAAUAGUUGGCGGGACUAGUUUAUUUUGGGUGGAAAGGAUCUUGUAGAAAAGUAGACAAUGAGUCGACCUCAAGUGAAAGAAGAAAAAAAAGAUUGGAGGAAAAUUGUUAGCUUUCAAACUUUUUAAAAAAAUAUCUUCAAAAACUUACAUACUUCAACUUCGUUUUUGGUCACAAAAGCCAAAAAAUAACUCCGUUACUGAUGAUUGUUUCUUGGUCGCCCAUGAAACACAAUUUCCAAGAGAAAAAAACAUAUCCAGAAUUUGUUAAAGCAUGUUUUUAUAACAAAAGUGAAUUGAUAGAUCAGUGGAUUGAAGUCAUUUCCUUUAAUACGAAAACGGAGAUUAUCAUACUAAAAAUUCAGAUCAAUCCAAGAGGAAGGAGGCCAAUGCCAUCAUUUUUUUGCCACAUCUAUUAGUAUUUUGGAAACUUUGCAGCAUUGCAAUGGUAGCGAAAUAAUUUUCCCUGUCAGGAAAAUUUUUAGAAAAAUUAUACCUCAUACCGGAAAAUAACAUACUAAAAAUUGAGAUCAAUCCAAAAAGAAAUAAGGUGAGGGGGGAAUUAAAUUGCCCUAGACAAACCUUUUUCCAAAGGAAGCCUGAAAAAACCAUAAAAUCGCGAGGAUAUCGAGGAGCUCCGAUAACCAAUUUCGGAAUGGUGGUUUUUAAUACCUGGUGAUGCUCCUCUUGAAAUUCUGACUCAAACUUUUACUACCUACCAACUUCAAUUUAAAUCCCGUUCAGUAUCACUGUUACUGGAAUGCGAAUGUCACGUAAACAGGGCGUCAAAAAUAAAUU